UGGUUUUCGACAGUCGUGAACAACAUCAACCAGUCGCACAUCGUAGUUGUAGUCGCAGUCGCGGUUAUUAGUAAUGUCCGCUGUUGAUGCUGGUGGCAUUGGUGGUGUUGGUGCGCUCGCUUCCUUGCUUAGUUUCAGCGUGACUCUUGCGGCGCCGCCCGUCUACACCGUCUGGCUGGGAGCCGCUUCCGCAGGAUGGUAGUCGUGUCGUAAUCGUCGGGUGUGUGCCGAUGCGGCGAUGUCGGCGGCGAUGUUGGCGUGUUGCCCGUGCUGCAUGCGCUUUGCGUUCUCGCCCGAGGAGCUGGAGCAGCGGCACAAGAGCGCCGAGAUCGACAAGAUGAUCGAGAAGGACAAGCAGACGUUCAAGCGGCAGGUGAAGCUGCUGCUGCUCGGCGCCGGCGAGUCGGGCAAGUCCACCUUUCUCAAGCAAAUGCGCAUCAUUCACGGCGUGAGUUUCGAGCGCGACCUCGUCCGCGAGUACCAGCAGAUCAUCUACCAGAACGUGGUGCGCGGCAUGCAGGUGCUGGUGGAUGCGCGCGACAAGCUCGAGAUUGCGUGGGGCGACAACGACAACGCCAAGAUCGGCAACAAGAUACUCGCCCUGCAGAGUAAUCAGAUUCACGACGUGAAGACGUUCGUCGAGUACCAGUCGCUGCUGGCGACGCUGUGGAUGGACGCGGGCAUUCGGCGCGCUUUUGAGCGCCGCCGUGAAUUCCAACUGAGCGACUCCGUAGAGUUCUUCCUCAAUAAUCUCGCCCGGAUAGCCAAGGAAGACUAUGUGCCCACUAACAAAGACAUUCUGCACUGCCGCAAAGCCACCAAAGGCAUCACCGAGUUCAUAAUACCCAUCAACAAUGUGCCUUUCCUGUUCGUCGAUGUGGGCGGGCAGCGCUCGCAGCGACAAAAGUGGUUCAAGUGCUUCGACGAAGUCACCUCCAUACUCUUUCUGGUGUCCUCUUCUGAAUUCGAUCAGGUGCUCCUCGAAGACCGCAAGACCAAUCGCCUGGAAGAAAGCCGCGACAUUUUCGACACCAUCAUCAACAACCGGAUAUUCACCAACGUGUCCAUCAUCCUCUUCCUCAACAAGUCCGACUUGCUGGAGAAGAAGGUAGGCAAUCCCGAGACGGAUAUUCGCUGGUACUUUCCGCAGUUCAGCGGCAAUUCGCAUUCGAUCAAGGAGGUGCAAGCGUUCAUCCUCGCCAUGUUCACCGGCGUCAAGCGCGAGGCGAAAAAACAGCUGUAUUAUCAUUUUACGACCGCUGUGGACACGGAAAACAUUAAGGUGGUCUUCAAUUCGGUCAAGGACACGAUACUGAAUCGAAAUUUGGAAAUUCUAAUGCUGCAAUGAUUGCUCAAAGUGGAAUCAUAUUCUCAGAGAGUGUACUCGUGCAUUUAACUUUGUUUACUUUGUUUACUUCCACACGUUCUUGGCAUUUAUAUGAAAUAUUUUUUAUUACGUUGUAUAUAUUCGUAAGCGGGCGAUGAUUGCGCAGAUAGGUUUUAAUGUACAUAUAUCGGCCGAUAUAGAAAACAGCGACUCUCUCGUGUGAACUCUGUGCUAUUGUGCAAAUUGAGAACACAAACAAACUUGGUUUAUGAUUAACAUAUGUAUUAAGACUGACUUGAUGUAAUGACGUCCCCAGUUUGACGUUUUGGUAGACUCUACCAAAGAACGCGCGCAAAAACACGAAAAACACAUGACAAACUGCCUUAGAAACACAGGCCGCCGAAACAGUGCCUUCUUCCCUACCGAUACUCUGUGUAAAUCAAUGUACAGUCAACCGAGUAACCAACUACGAAAACUUUAUUAUUGUAAUUUGUAUUAUAACAUAUUAUACAUGCAUAUAGUAUAUUUACGUAUAUAUUUUAUACAGACGUAAUUUAUGUACUCACAUGGCGCCGAUUGCGGAAAAUGUGAUUUAUGAGGUUGUACGGAUCAUUGUAAUAAUCGAUUAAUAAACGAAUCCGUAAUGGUUAUUAACGUAGGCAA